UCCGUUCAAACUUAAGUGUGACAGUGAUCACAUCUAGUUCCUCGUGCAAGAUACUAUCACCGCGAGAGCGUCCAAAAAGUUUGUCUUGUGAAAGAUCAAGUCCUAUCAACAUAAAUAUGUUUCCUUCGAAUGAAGUGUAUGCCUUUAUGUCUAUUUCAUAGCUUUCUGAUGGCGUUACCUGGUCAUUUUCAAAUGUCAAGUUAUGAUUUUUCGUGAUUUGUAUCAUGUGACAUCGAGUUCGUACUCUAUUGAUAUUGCAUCAAACGGAGUUUUUUUUUAAAACUCAGCUUGAUGCUUUAAUGCAAUGAGUUUAGAACACAAACGCGUCGAAAAGGAUGUUAUCAUUCCAGAUAUCAGACUAAAAGAAUGCGAGUUGUUUGAACUCGCUCAUGUUGUAAGAGUUGCUCCAGCACAUAAGAGCAAAGUUAACGACAAAGAUGCACCAGCUGGCUAUCCUUACGUGAAAUUGUGUUGCUCAUAUGAAGACUGUGAUAGAAGGCUGUUGGUUUUGCUUUGUCAUGAUGAAGCAAGUAAAAAAGAGACAUUUCUUCUUCGUCACUAUCAAGUUUACCAGAAGGCCAUCUACAAGGAAAUUCCUUGGUUUCAGGGACCAAUAAGAGCUGUGGAAUGUAUGGCUAUUGAUCCUUCAGGUUCUUGGCUGUUGUGCUCCUGCAAAGAUAAAUAUCUGUACCUGGUUCCUGUGUUGGCUCUUAUCCUUGGUCCAGAAGAGGUCGACUGCCCACCCCAUUGGAAUGUUGAAGAUUUAACGCGUUUUCCUCCACACAACAGAAAAGGAGUCGCCACUUGUAUGGUCUGGUGGCAACAAUCUUUGAUUAACACUCAUAUUUGUAUUCUUGGCACGGAGUGUGGUGAAGUUAUUUUCGUCGAUCUCCAUAAAUUUGGUCAGCCAGUAUUUCACUUUGGACUUGAAAAUGAAGCGGUGAACGCUUUGAAUAUUGUGCAAGAUAAUGUCCAUGGUACUUGUUAUCUUUUGAUAACAACAAAGUCAGGUAAAACGAUGAAAUUUCUUCUGGAAAGUUACACGUUUUCACAACCAUCUGCGACAGAUACGAUUAGCAUCACCGAAAGUAUGCUGGGCUACGAAAUGUUGAGUCAUCGAUCUAUUCCUUUGCACUCGUGUCUUAUCCCCAAAGAAAAGUCUGCGCUGCGUUUCGAACUACUCCAUAUCCAGAGCGAGAAGGACCCAAAAAAGUUGUCUCUGCAGUUUGCGCGGAAUCAAUCAUUUUUAUGUUUGCUUCAUCCGAAAGAGAAGAUUUUCAAGGUAUUUGACGUCGAUCGAGAAAAUAUCCCAAUGUUUGUUUACGAUCUGACGGAAUACACACAGGAUAUAUUGCUCACUGACAGGUUGCUCUUUGCCCUGUGUGUCGACGAUGAAAAGGUUAAAAUCAACAUUUUGUCGAGUCAACUCGCUGAGACAUCUCUCGCUGCCGCGAACGGAAAAACGAAAGCAUCAAGUUGCAUUCAAUCAUUUACGCUCCCCCCUGGAGAGGACGUGCUCGCCUUAUAUCGUCUUACCACGUAUGUUAUCUUGGAGAAGACGAAACAUAACGUCAGCGGUCAUUCGCAUCCCGUCGAUGGUUGUUUGGUCAUCACUUCAGCUGCGGUGUACGAGAUCAGACCCAGGGUUUAUCCAGAAGAACUUUUUGUUGAACUUGCAGUGAAGAACGUGGACACGGCAGCCGCUGACCGACUGGCAAUAAUUACGGGCCUCGAUGUGAACUCACUUUAUGAGCAAGCUGGUGAUAUUGCAAUGGAAGCUGGACAGUUACAACAUGCUCUGGAACUUUAUCAGGCUUCAAAGUGUCAGCACAGUCGACGAGUGCGGAAGUUAUCACAGCAUGCGAGCAUUGUCGAUGUCAUUGUUUACAUUCAAGAAAUAUUGCACAAACCAGCGGAAGUUUCUUCUACCGACAGAAAGAAACUAGCAAACCUUGCUGUUCGAUGUUUCGUCAAACAGAUACUGGAAAAUGAUUCGAACUGCGAAGAAAUGUCAAAGUUUAAAGAAAGUUUUUGCCAAUUUAUCAAUGACAACUUCGAUUACGAUGAGCGAGUUGCAUUGGAGUUUUUGGCUUCUUACGGUCUUGAAGAAUAUCUUUUUCAAGUUGCGAAGGCUCGUGGGUUAGUUGCCGUGGCUCUCGACAUCUUAGCAAAUAAGGGUCACUUUCAUUUGGCGAAGUCAACUCAAGAAUUUCUCAUCGCCAAAGGAUUUGCGAACGUCGUUUGCCAAAUUUAUAACGGUGCUUUCAUUCGCUGUCUUUCGCCUGUUGAUUCGAUCAAAUUUCUCCUAGCCAAGCCAGAAUCUAUUUUACCGCGUCUUAAAUACGUCAAGUCCUUACUUCAUGUUCUCGAUGAGAGCCACUUACUUCGUAUUGCUAAGAUGUUCGAUCCUUCAAGACCCGUUGCUAAAACGUUAUUGAUGAAGUACAGCACACAUCGCAGACCCAGGUCGAAUUCUGGUUCAUCACAGGCAUCAAUUGAAAGUUUUCUUAGUUUCACUCACGAUCACAGCAACACGGCAGUUCCGGAUCUUUUAGGAUUGUUUCUGGCGACGCUUAUCGUCCUGAAUUCCAAGCGAAAGUUUACAACGUUUCCAGAUCUUUCAUUGAUUGCUGAGAAUUGUGAAGACAAGACAAUGUCAAGGGAGUUGGAAGAAAGUCUAUUAAAAAGUGGCAUCUUUCAUGAGUAUACGACGUUAUCUUGUGGUCAGCAGCAUUCUGCUUUGGUUACAAACACCGGCGAUGUUUAUACAUGGGGCAAGUCAUCUAACGGCAGAUUGGGCCAUGGUGAUUUGAUCGAAGAGGAAGGAAAAGCUCCACCUUUUCGUGUGGAACUUCUACAUAUACAAAGAAUCAGAGUUCGAUCUGUUGCCUGCGGACGGGAGCACACGCUGGCUUUAACGAGACAAGGCGUUUACGCUUGGGGUUCUUCGGACUACGGUCAGCUAGGUUUGGGCAGCAACGCAAAACAGACUCGACCUGCAUUUGUCACCGAACUUGCUGACAAAGAUUGCAUCGCGUUGACGUGUGGUUAUUAUCAUUCACUGGCGCUGUCCGCUGACCGCUGUGUGUGGGCAUGGGGCUGGGGCGUACAUGGCCAACUAGGAUUUGGAAACGUAGAGGAUUAUCUUAUCCCUGCUCGAGUGACAUCGCUGGACCGAUGUAUUGUAAUACGAUUGGCUGCUGGCUAUUCUCAUACUGCUGUGUUGAAUGCCGAGGGAAAGGUAUAUACGUUUGGUGGAGGUGUGUUUGGUCAACUUGGGCACGGACCAAUCAAAAAGCAAACUCGACCAAAGCUAGUCGAAGAAAUUGCCCACGAAAAUGUCCAGUUGAUAUGCUGCGGGUCCUUCGAGACGAUGGUCGUCACUUCAAGUCAGAAGUUUUACAAGUGGGGACGAAAUGCGCAACUUAUACGACAAGCCAAAGAUUAUUUUCAAAAACCGGAUCACAAAAUUGCACCAAGAAAACAAUUGACACAUUAUCUUGUCCCCGUGGAGGUUCCAUUGAAGAUAUUUUCACGUAUCAUACAGAUUCAAUGCGGUAAUAAUCAUGCCAUUUUUCUAACGGAGAGCGGACACGUUUACACCAUGGGACAAAAUGAUCGGGGACAGUUAGGACUGGGAACAAGAUCAGAAAAGUCAAGCCCCAUGCUUGUUCAGGACCUGAUAACUAGCGAAGUCGUGUCUGUUGCUGCUGGAGCUGCGCACUGUGUUGCUGUGACCUCUCAAGGACACACAUACGUGUGGGGGAGGGGAGACUGCGGUCAGCUUGGUUUGGAAGGCCCAAAGCUAAAAGAGGUCGUAUCGCCUGUUGCAUUGAAAAAUAUCCCUGUUUAUCAAAUGUCCAACGAAUGGAACGCCUCUUCAGAAUCUUUGGAUGAACCAAAGUUGAAUGAAUUGGGAUUCGAGAAAUAUCUUUCGGACUUAUCUUCUAUUGGAUCAAUUUCCUACGGACGAGAGGCGAUUGCCACUGCACUCUAUCAGUUGUAUGGCUUUUACAACGACAAGACUAUUUUGAGACAUUGCUAUGAUGUAAAAGAUCUCUUCUCCUCUUCCGUGAUAUAUAAGUUUCAAGGAAAAUGGCCGCUAUAUUUAAGCUAUCGUUUAAAGGCUUUGACAAAUUGGUUUCGAACUGUCGAAACACGAAGUGUAGAGGUUUUAUCGGAAACGAAGGAGAUAGCUGAGUCCGUAAUAAACGAAACGAUCAGAAAUCUGUCAAAUUCUUCAAACGAGGAUUAUUUUCCUAUGAAUGAAGCUGUUCUGUUGUUGAAUGAGAUUUUUCGAUUUUGGUUUGAAAUCUUUUUUGAUCAAGCAAGUCUAGAGGCUCUUUUGGAAUCUCAUUUGGAAUUUUUGGCAUGUCCUCUGUCCAUUGUAUUACUACGAGGUGUAGCGAUUCAAAAGAAAGUAAACAGUAACGACAAUGCCAACGAAACCAAUGAUGACCUGAAUAUGCACAAUACCUUCUUUCCACGUCAGUUCACACCUGGAUUUUUAUGCGCUAUUACCGAAGCAACAGUCGAACAGCUCAAAACACAAGCACCUCGUCGACAAAUUUUUGACGAAGAUUUAGAUUCACUGCUGGUCACACGAACCGCGGGAACAACUAACGUCUUGGUGCCAUCAUUUAAAGGAAAGACUAAGGCAGAUGUCGAGUCUGAAGUCGACUGGGGGGAAAUUUUCGAAGAACUUCUUGAUCAUCUCGAACGUUACUCUGAUCAAACGGACUCAAUAUCACUCACAACUUCGCUGACGUUACCCAUUCACCCUACUCUAAAAACUUGCUAAUUUCAAAUGAUAAUCAAAAUUUAAUUUAUCUUUAGUAAAGGAAA